AACUGAGGAGGAGCAAUUUUAUUCCAUCGAAGAAUCGAUUGAGGUUGGACAAUUUUUUGAUAUCGAGUACGAGUUCGAUGCACCUCAAUGCUUUGAUUUCAGUUGCCCAGAAACUGAUUGGGAGGCUAAAGAAGCCGAACUUUGGUUUGAAUCAGCUGGAAGCUAUCCGUCUUCGCCUUUGGUAAUAAAGUUGAAAUGGAGAUAUGAAUGUGACGUAAAUGAGGUUGGAGAACAUGACAAUGGCUCAACAGAAUGUGAUGAAUAUAAUGGAGAAACAUGUGAUAGGUGCUGCGAAGGUAAUCUAGGGCCCAAAACUGAUUCUCUGGUCAAGGCAUCUCUAUCUAGUAGUUCAACAUUGAUGAAACCUACAGCAAGUUACUUGGCGAAGCAAAAUCAAUCUCGAAUGGUUCUUUCCAAUCAAUUUCAGAAAAGCCUACAAAAGCCUGCUGACAGAUUCAAUAAGAGUCUUUCCUGCAAUGAAGAUGAUGCUACCAAAAGACAAAAGCUGGAAGAAGGUUACUUAUUCAAGGCUGCCCAUCUAAAGCAUCAAUCUAAGUUUGUGCUCAAGAAACUACAAACAGUCCAAUCCCUUGAUAGUGUUCAUAUUAAACCUAAAGUCACAAUUCCAAGAGAACCAGAGCUAAAAACAGCAAUAAGGGCUCAGAGACAUAGGUCUAAAGAUAAGGCAGAGUCAGAUGGAAAUGCAAAAUCAAAUGUUCCUUUGUUUAAAGCACUCCCCUUAAACAGAAAAAUUCUUGCUGCACCUUCAUUGCCCCUUCCCAAGAAAAGCCUGCCUCAGCCACCAGAGUUUCAGGUGUUUCAUCUAAGGACAUCCGAGAGAGCCAAGCAGCAUGCAUAUAAUACGGCAAUGAAAGUAGCUAUGUAUGUGUCAACUUCAAGAAAUGAAAACACAAGCCUCAGAAACUUCAAGUCUAUCAAUUCAUUAAAGGAGGAGAAACAUGAAGCUGUUAACAAAUCCAAAGCUUGUUCUCCUAAUAAGAAGGUAACUUCUAGUAAAGGUGUCCUUCAGAAUAUGAACAAAAAAACAGCCACAACGAGGCUUCCAGAUGAACCAUCAAAGGAACUAUUAAAUAAGGGAUUGAAAGAGAAUGACCCAGGUACUCUGCUUCUGCAGCAUCAGAUCGUUGAAGUGGUCAAAGAACAUUUCCAAAAGAAGGGAAAAUUGCAAUACCAGUGUAGAAGAGAAGAGAAUAUCGGAAAUGGGCGACAAGAUAACAUUAGCAGGAGAUUGAGAUUGCAUGUAGUCUGAAAUCCCUAUGUAGUUCUGGUCGCCACCUUCAUCUGGAGCUUCAAGCGGGCAAAACAGUAAGCAAGUUUUUGUUGGCAACAGUGUAUACUUAUAUAUAAAUAAUUGAAUUGUAUUUAUUCAUUGAAAGAAAAGAAAAGAAAAGAAAGCUUUUGAAAGAAAUAGCAAUGUACAGCAGACGUGAGAUUUUUUGUUAG